UCUAUUUUGCUGACCACGUUGCAAACACUGACCUCCCUUGUGCAGUCCAUGGUCAGUAACCAGAGGAGUAAUGCAUCUCCUUCCAGAGACACCACUGCGCCACUUAAGGAGAAGGCAUCAGCGGUGUCGUUUCAACAGUUCAUGGCGAUGCAGCCGCCUAUCUUUUCAGGAGGGUGCAGUCACGAUAAGGCAAAACAGUGGAUUGAGGAAGUUGAACGCAUCUUUGUGCUUCUGAAGAUGCCUGAGGAAGACAAAGUGAACUAUGGCACUUACCUGCUGAAAGGUGAUGCCAUGGAUUGGUGGAAAUCAACUCUUGAGAUCCGGUAUGCAGGCCAACCGUCAAUUUCUUGGAAGCAGUUUAGAGAUUCCUUCCUCAACACCUACUACCCAGUGCAUGCUAGAGACAAGAACAUGCAAGAGUUUCUUGAUCUACAGCAAAAUCAAAUGAGCUUGGAGGAAUAUAUUACAAGAUAUCGACACUUGGAGGCGUAUUGCCCACACUUCUACACUACAGACGGAGCCAGGGCAGGCAAAGGUGCCCUACUUGUUCGCGUGUGCACCCUGGAAAGCCGUGCUAUCGAGAGAUCGGAGCUUGCUUACACUGUGGAAGGAUGGGGCACUUUAUCAAGGAUUGUCCCUUAA